AUGUCUAUGCCGCAAGAAAUUUCAAAAGAUGAGCUUCUACAAAAUUUCGACACCUUUGUAUUCGACGCAGAUGGUGUUUUAUGGACUGGAGAUGUUCCGGUUCCAGGAGCCGCUGAUUGGAUCAAUUUUCUAUUGAAGACACCGGGUAAAACUGUUUUUAUCACAACUAAUAAUUGCAAAAAAACUGGACCAAUAUAUGUAAGCUAUUUGAACGAUUUCACUGAAAAACUUCGAUUACAUAUGUACUUGCAGGGAAAAAGUAAGAAAAAUGGGAUUUGGUGGUCUUCCCCGGGAGAAUCUCAUAAAUCCCGGUCUCGUUUUGGCUGACUAUUUCAAAAGGAACCCGAACUUCGCGGGACAAUCAAUUUAUCUAAUCGGAACUAAUAGUUUGAAAAAUACUCUGGAAAAUGAUGGAGGUGUUCAGUGUUUUGGUGUUGGUGAAGAUUUGAGUAGAGAUUAUACAAACACCGAUUUUUUGUAUGAAGUUGAUAUUUCGAGAAAAGUUAAAGCUGUUGUGAUGAGCUUCGAUCUACAUUUUAGGUGAGUAAAAAAACCUAUAUUAUAUGAAAUAUGGAGAAAUUUAGUUAUGCUAAACUAAUGAAAGCCGCAAAUUAUCUAGCUGAUCCGGAAGUCGAAUUUCUUCCAACUAAUGGAGAUAACACAUUUCCGGGCCCGGUUAAAAAUAUGAUUCUUCCUGAAAAUGGCCCAUGGAUUGCUGCGAUAGAGGCUGCCUCGGGGCGGAAGCCGACAGCUGUUUUUGGAAAGCCCCAUAAAGCAAUGGCCGAUUUUUUGAAAUCAAGAGCUGGAAAUAUCGAUCCAUCAAAGACUGUAAUGUUCGGAGAUCGAUUAGAUACCGAUAUGAUGUUUGGAAAUACAAAUGGGUGAGUUUGGGGAUUUUUUUCGAAAUUUAAACUACUUUCAAGAAUUCUUGAUAACCCGAGGUGAAAUUUAAGCUAGGCUUGUUUUGAACAGUUAGCACUAUUGUCUAACUAUGAUAACCACAAAGAAAAACAGUCAAAUGACCUUCGGAGACCAAAAAAACAGAAAAAAAAACAAAAAAAGUGAAAACAACGACACUCCCAAUUACAAUUUCAAAUUUGCCGCAUGUUUAGCAGGCCGUAAUCCGCGGAGUCUCGUUGUUUGCCUUUUUUGAAAUUGUAUUUUUUUCAAACAAAACCCCCGAAAUUCUUGCAGAUUCUCAACAGUUUGGAUGCAAACCGGCGUGAACACAGUGAAAGAUAUCGAAGAGGCUCGAAAAAACAACGAAACUUCAAAAAUUCCCAAUUAUACUUGUACUUUUGCAACAUUCAAAUACUAA